AUGGCGCGAGGUCUCUCACAAGAAAUGAGGAGAGAAAAGCGUAGAGCCCAGCGACAGCGCCAGAAAGCCAGAAGACGCGAGCGAGCUCAGCACAGCCAAAGCCUCCAGCAGCAGUCGAACAAGCUCUCCGAGGAGACGAAGGUGAAGGCGGAGGAGAUCGGGCAAGAGCAGGACAUGACAGAGAACCAGCAACCAAAGCUAGAGGAGGUCGACAACGAACAGACCGGCAAGAUGAAGCAAGAGCCGCAAUCUCAGCCAGCAGAACCGGCGAAGGCGAAGACUGUCCCUAUGUCUGCAGAUGACUGGCAUCCCUCAAAGCUCCCCUCUGACCUCCGUCACCUUCACUUCGGCAGCGCCACGUCCAACUCCAGAUCCUUCAGCGUCAAAGACCACCAUCUCGACCUCGUCGCCGCCGGCGGAAAGGACUUCUGCCACAAGCUAGAGGCCUUUAGCUGCGACAAACAUGUCCAAGGUCACGAUCUGACGGACGCAGCGAUCACGCGCCUCGCGAUGGCAUGUCCGAACCUCCAGACCGCCAAACUCACCUCCACGACCAAGUUGACCGACGAAUCUGUCCUGGCUUUUCUGACACAUUGCCCGGGUCUGCGCACCCUCAGCAUUAUCGGCAACUAUCCGACCAAAGGCAAUAUCACGGGCAAGCUAGCGUUCGCGGACCUCAAACAGAACAAGGCUUUGGGCAGGAAUCUGCACACACUCAAACUGGUGGAUCAGCGGGUCGGUCAAGACGACGUGAUGCGUCUGUCGCGAGCACGCAAGAAUCUCGUCGUCUGGGAGGGAUACGUCGUAGGGCAUGCCGGGGAGGUUGUCCUUGAUGAUAGGGACUUGUUGGAGUCCGAGUCUGAGGACGAGUAUCAGGGUGAGUACGAGUACGGCGACGGGUUGACGUACUGGGACAUUCAGGACGCUCUCCCUGAAUGGGAGCGCUGGCAUCACUGGUAG